AUGCUGGCGUCAAAACCCUCGUAUACCCCAUUGGGUGUGCCGACGACCCAAACCCCGACAGCGUCAUACCAUACCGGAUCACAGAAAUCUGCCGUUUUCUCCAACCCCCAGGAUGGAACCUUGUAUACAAGCCCCACGGAGUCGGAGUUUACAGGCGGACAGGACGGUCUUGAUGCUGUUCGGUCCUGGGACGAGAAGCAGGUGGUUGCCUGGCUGCACAGCAUAAACUGCGGCCAAUACGAACCUUUGUUCAGAGCAAACAACUUCAAUGGCAACAACCUGAUCGAAUGCGACCAGAAGAUUCUUCAAGAACUGGGUGUGAAGAAAAUUGGCGACCGAGUCCGGAUUUUCGUGGCUAUUAAACAGCUUCGCACCAAGUCGGUUGUUAAUCGCAAGCAACGGAACCUGAAUCAAUUGGCCUCCCUGGAAGCUACUACUUACGCAUCUACCCACGAUUCUUCUCGCCCGCCCCUUCGACAACAGACCUUGAACAAUCGCCGAUUAUCUCGAACCGCCGAUACUGGUCUCCAUGGUCACUCGUCCGGCAGACCGUCAUCUCGUCCAGGGUCCCCACUGCGAGCUCAAAGGUAUGCCGGCAGCCCGAUGGACGCUGGUCGAAAAGACCAAGGUCAGGGCUAUUUCAGCCACCCGUCGUCGGGCGGUUCGACCUCCGGACGCAACCCAGGAACCCCCGGCGAGGGACAUAUUCAUAAGAGUGCCUCGCAUUUGCGACAAAAUCCGAGUCUGGACGGCUUGAUGGGCAUUCUGCCCACAAACUCGCCAGUCAUCCGCGUCAUCUACACAGGGGGGCAGACCAAGGUUUUGAACAUCAAGCACUGCAAAACUGCAGAUGAGGUUAUUCUUUGUGUUCUGAAGAAACUGCAGCUCCCUGAACACCAAUACCGGAACUAUUGCUUCUACGUUCUGGACGGCCUGGAACCGAACCCGUCUAAUUGCCGAAGACUCGGGGAUCAUGAACUAAUGGAGAUAUGUGAGGGCGCGCACAGAUCCGAGCGAAGUCGACUCAUUCUACGGAAAAUUCAUGCCGGAGAACCUGAUACCGAUGAGCUUCGUCGCGCGUCCCAGCUUGCCAUGGAUGAAAGCCAAUUAACACACCUCAACGCCUUGAACAGCUCAAACAUGCGUAACCAGCUUAAGAUCCAACAACUCACCGGCGAAUCCUGGCACAAUAUCAAGCAGCCUAUGUCGCCCGUGUCCACUCGUCACCACGCCAACCCAAGCGACCCAGAGCUACAACUCUUGAACGCGGAGCGUCACCCCGUGUCCAAGCUGCGGUCAUUCUUCGGUGCUCGACCGCCUAGCGAGAUGAUCAUCCAUGAGAUCACCUCGUAUUUCCCCAGCCAUCAUCGCGAAGACAUCGAGAAGACGAUGCGCAUGUCCGUGCGCAGAUCUCAACGGUUGAGUCGAGCAGCAAGUCGGAUGAGCGUCGUCAGUAAUACAAGCUAUGCAUCGAGUUUGAGGGACGCACCCCCAAUUCCUAGCAUUGCUGAUACUUGGCUUAACCCCGGGGCGCAGCCUACCCGGGCGUCGAGGCCGCUCUCCGUGUCGAAGUUUAGCCUUCCCCAAACCGCGUAUCGGGACUCUAUCGCAUCGAGUUCCCUUCAACCGCUUCAGGAGGAAUCCCCCAUCGAGCCGAAUCGCAAAUCGUACGUUUCGUUCGACAGUGGCUCUGAUGACCCCAGCAAUUCUCGCCAAAGCUUGCUGGAUGAGAAUGCGAGCGUGGCCGCUACCGAUGGAGGCUCGUUCAAUGAGCGACUCAGUGUGCUCGUGGCUGACGACGGGGAAGAAGAGGAUGACGGCCUCAAUGACUUCCUGGCCGGAAACAAUUUCGCCCCGAAGAAUUGGAUGAAGGGUUCCCUGAUCGGUGAAGGAUCGUUUGGCAGCGUGUUCCUGGCUCUGCACUCUAUCACCGGAGAGCUGAUGGCGGUCAAGCAAGUCGAAAUUCCAUCGGCAACCAAGGGCACCGAGUUCGACAAACGGAAAAAUAGCAUGGUCACCGCACUAAAGCAUGAAAUUGAACUUCUCCAGGGGAUGCAUCAUCCCAACAUUGUGCAGUACUUGGGCACUUCGGCCGACGACCAGUACCUGAACAUUUUCUUGGAAUAUGUUCCAGGAGGCUCCAUUGCCACGAUGCUGAAACAAUACAACACUUUCCAGGAGCCCUUGAUCAAGAACUUUGUCCGGCAAAUCCUGUCGGGACUUUCCUACCUUCACAGCCAAGAUAUCAUCCAUCGUGACAUCAAGGGUGCCAACAUCCUCGUGGAUAACAAGGGCGGUAUCAAGAUCUCCGAUUUUGGUAUCUCCAAGCGAGUAGAGGCGUCUACGGUUCUGGGAUCUCGUGCCAGCGGCACGGGAGCCGGCCACUUGCAUCGUCCCUCGUUGCAGGGCAGUGUAUACUGGAUGGCUCCGGAAGUUGUUCGACAGACAGCCCACACCAAGAAGGCCGACAUCUGGUCUCUGGGCUGUCUUGUCGUGGAGAUGUUCAUCGGCGCCCACCCCUUCCCGGACUGUAGUCAACUACAAGCCAUUUUCGCCAUCGGCAGCAACAAAGCCCGACCUCCCGCUCCGGAGAUGGCCAGCGAAGACGCCGUGGCUUUCUUAGACAUGACCUUCCAAGUCGACUACGAGCAGCGACCGAGCGCGGAUGAAUUACUAAAGUGCCAGUUCUUGACCGCGCCUCUUGCCUGA